AUGGCCAGACUUUCCACAAACGCCUCGACGCGACAACCAGCGUCUAUACGGCGCCGCACACCAGAAACAGGUGUUCACCGCAAUCUACCCGGAGAUCCACCCACAGGAGUCAAGAAGAGACGUUACAGACCAGGCACCAAUGCGUUGAGGGAGAUCCGUCAAUUUCAACGGAGCACCGACCUUCUUCUUCGAAAACUUCCAUUUGCAAGACUUGUCAAGGAGAUCGCUGACCAUUACAUUGGUGUUGACUAUGGAAUCCGUUGGCAGUCCAACGCAGUUCUCGCCCUUCAGGAAGCAUGUGAGGCAUUUCUCAUACAUUUGCUUGAAGAUACUAAUCUUUGUGCUAUCCAUGCCAAACGGGUCACUAUCAUGCAGAAAGACAUUCAGUUGGCAAGAAGAAUUCGAGGUCAGCUAUAA